AUGGCUUUUCCACAACAUGGAUUCAUGUUUCAGCAACUCCAUGAAGACAAUGCUCAUCACUUACCUUCCCCUACUUCUCUCCCGUCUUGCCCUCCUCACCUCUUCUAUGGAGGAGGAGGAAACUACAUGAUGAACAGAUCAAUGUCGUUCACGGGAGUCGCAGAUCAUCAUCAUCUAACUCAAAAAAGCCCGACCACGACGAACAACAUGAAUGAUCAAGAUCAGGUGGGAGAGGAAGACAAUUUAUCAGACGAUGGGUCCCACAUGAUGUUAGGAGAGAAGAAGAAGAGGCUCAAUUUAGAGCAAGUUAGGGCAUUAGAGAAGAGCUUCGAGCUAGGGAAUAAGCUGGAGCCGGAGAGGAAGAUGCAGCUUGCUAAGACUUUAGGGUUGCAACCUAGACAGAUUGCGAUAUGGUUUCAGAACAGGAGAGCUAGGUGGAAGACAAAGCAGCUCGAGAGAGACUAUGAUUCUCUCAAGAAACAGUUCGACGUUUUGAAAUCGGACAAUGAUUCUCUUCUUGCACAUAACAAGAAACUCCAUGCUGAGUUAGUGGCAUUGAAGAAACAAGACCGUAAAGAAUCAACAAAGAUCAAGAGAGAGUUGGCAGAAGCUUCAUGGAGCAACAACGGAAGCACAGAAAAUAACAAUACUAAUUCAGACAUCAAUCAUGUGAACAUGAUCAAAGAUCUUUUCCCUUCUUCGAUACGAGCCGCAACCACAAACACGACCUCGGCCCAAAUUGAUCACCAGAUGGCUCAAGAUCAAGAUCAAGGAUUUUGCAAUAUGUUUAAUGGUAUUGAUGAAACGGCGUCGGCUAGUUAUUGGGCAUGGCCUGACCAGCAGCAACAACAUCAUAAUCAUCACCAGUUCAAUUGA